AUGGGUUUGUUACCAUUUCCAUUGGCCCUGAUUCCCACCUCCUUUUGCCCCUGCAUGCCCUCCAUUCCUUCCUGGCCACCGACAAAGUCACAUCCCCCCACCAUUUUCCCCCUUCAUUUCCCGGGAAAAUUUCUGGGUUUUCCCCCAAAUUUCCUGGGUUGGCUUUAGUUUUCCUGGAAAAAAAUGGGGGCAUGUUGCAGCACCGGUGAGAGGCCUCAUGGGUUCUUCAUGGCGGAGGAGGGGCAGAAGGGGAAAGAAAACAGGGCCGAAAAGGGGAGCGAUCAUCAUCAUCAUAUUCAAAAUGCAGAAAAUUCCGGGGUCCGUGUGAGGUUUGAAGGAUCAUCUAGGUUUACAUCAAUGUUUAGCCAACAAGGAAGAAAGGGUAUCAAUCAAGAUGCCAUGACCGUUUGGGAGAACUUCAAUGGUGAAAAAGAUAUGCACUUUUGUGCUGUUUUUGAUGGGCAUGGUCCAUUGGGGCACAGAGUGGCACAACAAGUACGCGACAUGUUACCGUCAAAGCUAUGCUCAAUCUUUAAGCAGUACUCACAAGUUAAUGGAACCAAUUUCAAGAUAGAAGCUGAUGAAAAAAACGAAGAAAAUUAUGAGAAUGCAGAUUGCGAAGAUGAUCAUAAAAAUCCAUUCUUUUCUUCAUGGAAGAACAUUUUAAUCAAGUCAUUUGAAAAGGUAGAUGAAGAUCUUUAUGACGAUGUUGCUCUUGAUAGCUACUGCAGUGGUUCAACAACAGUUGCUGUGCUCAAACAGGGUGACCACUUGGUGAUUGCAAACUUGGGGGAUUCACGUGCGGUUCUUUGCACAAGAGAUGACACAAAUCAACUUGUUUCUGUCCAACUCACGGUUGAUUUGAAACCGAAUCUUCCAAAUGAAGCUGAAAGAAUUAAGAAUUGUGAAGGCAGAGUUUUCGCGAUGGAUGAAGAACCAGAAGUGUUCCGAAUAUGGAUGCCCGAGGACGAUUGCCCUGGUCUUGCAAUGUCAAGGGCAUUUGGAGAUUUUUGCUUGAAGGAUUUUGGCCUAAUCUCGACCCCUGUAGUUUCGUACAAGAAACUUACAGACAAAGAUGAAUUUGUGGUCUUAGCAACUGAUGGGAUAUGGGAUGUGCUAUCAAAUGAAGACGUCAUAACUAUCGUCGCUUCAGCACGGAAGCGGUCCAUAGCGGCUAGACUUUUGGUAGAUUGUGCAGUUCGAGCAUGGAGACACAAGUAUCCGAAUUCCAAGGUCGAUGAUUGUGCCGCCAUAUGUUUGUUCUUGAAAAACAAACCUUCACUGACCAAAUCUAUGUCAGAAAAGAGCCGAUUCAGCAACAACUACCCGGAGUUUCAUGUUUCCCAUCAAUCCAAAAACUUGAAUACUGAUGACGGCCUUGAGACUGUCUUGAAUUGCGAAAUCGCCUCCCGCCCUCGAGUGGACAAUUCUACGAAAAUUUCUCGAUCCGUGAGUCAUGGUCUUACUCCCCAGAAACCAGAAAAAGAUGUCAAAUAGUUGAAACAUACUUCUUUACUCUCAAUUGCCAUUAGAACCCAAAUGAGGUUUUACCAAAUUGACUGAAUGGCAUCUGUAAGUAUAUAUGUAUUACAUUCUGCAAAAGAGAUUUCAAGAAGCCAUAUGCUGUGAGGAAGGCGAAACAUUGCAAAGGUAGUUCAAGUAGUAGUAGAUUUUCAUAAUUACUCUCGAAAAACGAACAAGCGUAAAGGAUGUGAAACAACAUUGUUUAUAUUCGCUCAGCUCCUCUACCUAUUUGCUUUACUUUUGCAUAAUGUUGAUACUCAGAACUUGAAUGAU